CUCCAGUCGCGCCGGGCAGUGCGCUCUUCGCUCGUCGCCGCAGCGGGAGCUCGACUUUUCGUGCGCGUUCAAGUUUCGAGGUUAGGUAUCGUGGUUGCUUUUUCGUUCUCUUAGAAAGUUCGCUCCGAAGCUUCGAUCCCAGUCGGAUCCCUAAUUUCAAAAGUUUACGAGAAUGUGCGGACUGGUGAAGUUCAACUAAGAACAUGUGCGAAUUUUUCUCUGGUAUAUAAAAGUAGGUAAUAUCCAACGAUAGCGUAAUGGCAGCGUUACCCAGGACUCUAAAGCCGUGCUUUCGGCGUUGAAUCUACUUUUGAUUCAUACUUAACGCUCGGAUCUUGGAUCGCGAGAUCGAUCGAGAUCUCCCGGGAGGAUUGUGUGUGUGACGAGGUGGGAUCGGUGUGGUGUGCUGGUGUGCGGUGUUGGUCGGAUGCCCGUGGAAGGAGCUCUCAGGGCCGUCGCCUUCGUUUCUCUCGGACUCGGUCGACGCUCCCCCAAGGACCCCCGAAGGGAUGGGCUGCUCCCCCAGUAGCCCCAGGAAGAAGCGCUCCUUGGAGCUCUCCCCCCGCAGCGCCUCCGAUACUGGAGAUUUGGAGGACCCGACUGGAAAAAUCCGCGAUCACCUAGUUGCUAAUUCUACAUCACAAUAUGCUUCAGAGCAACAAAAGCAGUGUUGGGGGUGCUGCGCUGGUUGUCCACUUCUCAGAUCCAGCCCGAGUCAACGACGGCACAACAACACAUCUCUCAAGGUUCAAGCCUCCAAAGAAAACAUAGUCGAAGAUGAAGGAAAUAAAAUAGAUGCACAGUCAAUUGUUAUCGAUAAUUUCAACACAUUAACGGUAUUACUGGCGACAUCGCGGGAAGAUGGGGUGUUCGCGACGCUCAAGUCGACGAUCGAGAGUCUGGGCUACUGCCUCUUCACCGCGGCCACAGAAGAGGCCACGCGUGACGUCAUCCUCCAGUCCAACCCCCAGGUCGUCUUCAUCGACCUCCGCCAGCCCAACUUCAGGGGCGACCAUAUCUGCAAAUUUAUCCGUGCCAUUAAAAAAAGACAAUGUCCUUACCUUAUCGCCGUUAUGAAAAGGAGAGGGCUGGAGAAAGACAAGAAAGAUGUCAAACUAGCACUCAAAUACGGCUACAACAGGGUGAUCCUGGAGCCGUUGACGGAGAACCAGUGCCUGAGCGAGCUGGUGCAGCUGGCCGAGUCGGAGUUGCCCCUUCAUUCGGCGCUGACGCAAAACGAGGCCGUGUUCGCGUCGCUGGACAAAACCCGCGACCUCGUCCUCGUCACCGACGCCAAUCAUAGUAUUCAGUUCGUCAACAAGGCGAUGUCGCACACGCUGGGCUACUCUCGAUCUGAGCUGCUGGGGAAGCAGCUGCCCUCGGUGCACCAGAUCGGCUCCAUGGACAUGAUCCUGCGGCACCUGGAGCGGGGCUUCGACUGGGAGGGCAAGGUCAGCUGGAAGGCCAAAAGCGGCGACAACAUCGUCCUCCAGUGCCGCGCCUCCCCCUUCCGGACCAGUGGCAAAACGAAUUCUCACUAUAUCUAUAUUCAGGACAACCCUUCGGACGGACAUGCCUUACCCCGUGGAAGUGUGCCCUCGAUACGAAAAGGAUCCUACGACCUAAAGUCCAUAAACAGUGAAGGUGCCCAAUCUGCGCGACGACAGAGCCUGGCGAAGCUGCACAACCUGCCGCUGGAGGCGCCCAUCACGCGGGUGAUCUCCCUGAUCUGCUCCGCUCAGGAGAACUCCAGCGACCACGUCGUCCAAAUUUUAGAUAAGGUGAUGGACAUCCUGCGGACGACGGAGUUGUACUCAUCCCACCUGAAGGCGGACAACAUCCGGUGCGACGACCCAGUGACGUCGGACCUGAUCGGGGCGCUCAUCUCGCAGGGGCCGGCGCCGGUGUCGACGACGCGGCGGAGCUCCAACGACUCGGCCGCGGUCAAGAGUCAGACGCUCGUCCCGAGCACCGGGGGCGGGCCCCCCGGGCUCCGCUCCACCCCCUACACCCUCGCCGCCUCGCCCCAGCUCAAGGAGCUCCUCGAGGGAUCCCUCGCCUGGGACUUCAACAUCUUCAAACUCGAGGAUCUCUCCGGCAAAAGGCCGCUGGCGUACCUGGGGAUGAACAUCCUGCUCCACUUCGAGGUGCACAAGACGCUGGGCUGCGACGAGCGGACGUUGCACUCGUGGCUGGUGGUGAUGGAGCGGCACUACCACUCGCACAACACCUACCACAACUCCACCCACGCCGCCGACGUCCUCCAGGCCACGGCCGUCUUCCUCGAGCGCGAGCACAUCAAGCGGCACCUGGACGGCCUCGACGAAGCCUGCUGCCUCAUCGCCGCCGCCACCCACGACAUCGACCACCCCGGCAAGAGCAGUUUGUUCCUGAUCAAUUCUGGGGACGACCUCGCGAUCCUAUACAAUGACAUCAGUGUUCUCGAGUCGCACCACGCGGCUCUCACUUUCAAACUCACGUUGAAAGACGAUAGGAUAAAUAUUUUCAAAGGUUUAGAGCACGAUACGUACAAAGUAGCGCGGCAGAGUAUAGUGGACAUGAUCCUGGCGACGGAGAUGACGAAGCACUUCGAGCACCUGGCCAAGUUCGUGAGCGUCUUCAACAAAACCGGCUCCACGUCGCUCUCCGAUGACGCCCCGCUCGGCGACUGCAAGAGCCCGAGCGAGAUGGGGGCGGAUUUGAUCUGGGCCAACAGUCCGGACGAGCUGAACCUCAUGAAGCGGAUGAUGAUCAAGUGCGCCGAUGUCUCCAACCCGACCCGGCCACUCACCAUGUGCGUCGAGUGGGCGCGCCGCAUCGCCGAGGAAUACUUCACACAGACUGACGACGAGAAAGCGAACAAGCUACCGGUGGUGAUGCCCCAGUUCGACCGGACGACCUGCUCGAUACCCAAAUCCCAGAUGGGCUUCGUCGACUUCAUCAUCAACGACAUGUUCGAGGCCUGGGAUGCAUUUAUCGACAUGCCCGAGAUGUUGUACCACAUGCGAAGUAAUUACCAGCACUGGAAGGACCUGGAAGAGAGAGGGGUCACCAGUCUAGGGGACGCGUGUGGAAAGUCCCUCCCCGGCAUCCCGGAGACCAACAACAACUGACCUGCUUUCCCCAGGAGCCCCUCGCCGCGUCCUUCCCAACAAAUACCACUCAAAGUGGAGAUCGCGUUCGUCAUAGUGACAACUGCCUUCUUGCCAAUUCAGAGGGGAACCGGAGGUUCUCCUCUGCUCUCACUCCCUAAACUGCAGUCCUGGGACGAAGCUAGGACUGUGCAUUUCAUUCUUCCAAAUCUUUUGUCCCUCCUGUCUUUUUAUAAAUUAAGCGCCCAUGUACUUACGUUCACUUUGGAGCGAUCCUUUUUUUUGUACUUAUGAAUUGUACUUAAUCAAACUCGAUGUAACUAUCACCUAUUUUUUACUCCUUAGAUUUUGUAUGAUACUCCUCUUUUACACCUACUAUGAGCGAUUCUCACGAGCUCUCUUGCUCUCUCGAUACAAAAAUGUCAAGCACAGCGAUUUCUUGAUGAGGUCUUUGUGCUAUGAUGAAAAUGAUUUUGUCCUACUUCCAGGCAGUACUAUUUUCUGCCACUGGAUGUUUCAAAUGUACCGGCUUGCAGCCUCAUUUCUUUCAUCGUCCAAUGAAUCGCAUGAGCACUGGAAUGGGUCAUUGCUGGGUGAUUUUAAUGUUGCCUCAGUUUCUAAAUCAUCACUAUUUUCGCCCUGUGUGUAGCACAAUCUUUAAGUUUUAGGACCCUUCCCUCCAUGUUCAAUCUUGCGCCACUAUGAUGGUUGCGUCUAAGGUAUUAUAUUUUCACUCAUGGUUUUGUAUACUGACAGACUACCAAUUAAUCUCAAAAAAUAAGUUUCUUUUCAUGCCGUCCUAAUGGUAUUUUCUCAUUUUUCUAUCAGAAAGCUUCACUUUUGAAAACCCAUUUUUCGCAACUAAAAACUGAUUUAAUUUAAUAAUUUAUGAGGAUAAGAAUUUCUGCCUAAAUGGGUUGAUAACUUUGUCUCUCCUCCUUUAAUGCGCUGCUGCCCUUUUGCUCUAGAUGGGCUCCACAAAUUCUCCUGUUUUUCUGAAUAUUUUUUGUACUUAUGAUGAAUGUUUUUCAAUUUCUCUGUCUCAACCCUCUUCGAAUACCCAGAUAAAUGUUCAUUACUGAAUGAGUCCCACAUCAAUGUUGCUGUUAUAUUUUGUUAAAAAAUAAAUCUUAUUUAUGAAUAUUAA